UCAGUUGAGCUUAAAUUGGGAUCCAUCCUUCACUGAGAUCGUAGAAGAAAACAAAAAAGCAGAAGAGAGAGAGAUUCGCCUGAAGACAUGACAAUGACUACAAUACCAGAGAGUCUAAAUAGCCCUGUCUCAGGAAAGAACGUUUUCAUGGAAUUUGGGCCACCAAGUCAGCAAAUGUCGCCUUCAUCUAUGUCUCAUGGACAUUAUUCAAUGCACUGUUUACAUUCUGCCGGUCACCCGCAGCACGACAGUUCGUACAGCCCUGCUCCGUCCUUCCCCAGAUCGCUGGGUUAUCCAUAUGUCAACUCUGUCGGUAGCCAUUCCUCGAGCCCAUACCUUAGUAGCGUGCAGACUUACCAAAACAGCACGGCAUUAACGCAGACGCGAUUAGAGGACACAGCACCAGAAACGGAGAAAAACACAGUGGUAGAAGGUGGAGAAGUUCGGUUCAACGGGAAGGGGAAAAAGAUUCGCAAACCCCGGACUAUAUACUCCAGUCUUCAGCUGCAGGCGCUCAACCGCAGAUUCCAGCAGACACAGUACCUCGCGCUGCCGGAGCGAGCGGAGCUCGCCGCGUCUCUAGGUCUCACGCAAACACAGGUAAAGAUCUGGUUUCAGAACAAACGAUCCAAGUUUAAGAAACUGAUGAAGCAAGGCGGAGGAACGAUAGACACAAACGCACUGGCCAAUGGCCGCGGACUGUCCACCGGAUCUCCAUCCGUAGCGCCGGUCUGGAACUCCACCGCAACCGUUAAAACGUCUGUGGGCACGCCAAGCUCGUACAUCCCAAGUUACACCUCCUGGUAUCCCACAACGCACCAAGACUCUAUGCAGCAGCCGCAACUCAUGUGAAGUGACUGCUGAAACAACCCCGCCCUUCCUCACGGAGGGCCCAGUUCAGGGGACCACACGGGCCAGCCGCCCGGCGCGGCCUUGUAUUGCGCGCGGGCCUUCCACAGCCUAGUACAGACGUGAUCCGGAGCGCCCUCCCACCGCUGCCAGACGACGCAGCACUCACAACGACAGACUAGCCUGGAUACUUAGAGACUGAGACACAAACUCCAGCGUCGGAGGAGCAAGAUUGGCCUUUUAGAGUGGUCCGCCACAGAAACAAAACGGGAUUGCCGUGAAAGUGGGUCAAACGAAGCUGCUGUUCUCAUUCUUUCUAACGUGACAUUUAACUGUGUGUAAAAAUAUAACUCUAACAAGUAAAACAUUCUUCAGAUUGAUCAUUUUUACCAAGUAAAUUGCAACAAAGGAAUUGAUUUCUCAAGAUUUAGAGUCCCCGAAAGAAACGAUAUAAUAAUCGGGCGUUUGAUCAGAGUAAUGUCGGUUUUAAGAGCAACACAAAAAUACAACAUUUAGCUUUUUCUUUUCAAGGAAGGGUGAAUGAGCUGACACGCGCUCUGUCAUGGGCACGCGGCCUAUUUGGAACAGUAUAGGUAAAAUCAUGCGAAGGGCUGAUUUUCCUGAUUCCAAAGAGAAAGUCUUUAUGAAUUAAUAUUUUUUGGGUGUGUUUAUUUAAAGUAACUUAUUUAGAUUUUGUUUAUGUCGGUUUAUAUGUUUUAUUUAAAAUGAAUGUUCUUUAAAUGAAGAGGCUGCACUAAAGUGAGCAACACUUCACUCAAAUUUGAGAGCAAUUUGUUAACCCGAGUGGUUCGUAUUCGCGUGCAAAACGGCGCCAGUGACAAGCGGAUCUCUCGCGCUAGGGAAGUGUCGAUAGUUAAUGUACAGAAAUGGCCAAUUUUAGAUUGUGUUGUUAACGAUGUGAAAAGAAUUUAAUCUGGGUAUGUUUAUUACAAAUUCAUGUGUUUAGCAUUCUACAUAGCAAAAUAGUUUUAUAUUGGUCAGAUUAAUUUAUUGUUUUGUUCCUUGGAGUCGUGUACAAUGUGUAAACUAUGACAGUAAAAUUCUCCUUUUCAA